CUCAUGAACUCCAGCUAAGAUCCAUUCUUUUACAAAAAAACCCUCCAUAACAAAUAUAUUAUACACAUUUUUUGUACAGAAGAGGAAGAAGAUGAUGCUUACUUCUCCUCACUGCCUCCUCUCUGUCCGCCCAAAACGCUGCAGAGCUGAGAUGUCUUCUUCGUCAUCAAAGUCAACGCCUCCUCCUCCUCCUCCUGAAAACCCUAUUGUGUUGGGUUGUGGUGCUGUGUCCGUGGAUUAUUUGGCGACGGUGGCAGCGUAUCCAAACCCUGAUGAUAAAAUCAGACCCCCCCCCCCCCAAAAUAUUUUUGUCGGAGGAGGUGGAAAUGUGGGCAAUGCGCUGACGGGUGCUGCUCGAUUGGGCCUGAAACCUAGGAUUAUCUCAAAGGUUGCUGAUGAUACUCAAGGAAGGAAUGCACUUGCGGAGCUCGAGAGAGAUGGCGUUGAUACUUCUUUUAUGGUGGUGUCGGAGGAGGGAAAUUCACCAUUUACCUAUAUAAUUGUUGACAGUCAGACGAAAACUCGCACUUGUAUUCAUACCCCUGGUUACCCUCCGAUGGUACCGGAUGAGCUUUCCAAGCCUAAACUACUGUCUGCAUUAGAUGGAGCUAAUCUGGUAUACUUUGACGUGAGAUGGCAUGAGACUGCUUUAGUUGUAGCAAAAGAGGCAGCCCGGAGGAAAAUACCUAUUUUAGUUGACUCAGAAAGAAAGAGGGAGGGUUUGGAUGAUCUUCUCAGCCUUGCUACAUAUGUUGUAUGCUCAGAAAAAUUUCCACAGCAAUGGACAGAAGCUCCAUCCACUCCAAGUGCAUUGGUAUCAAUGCUUCUGAAAUUGCCUAAUCUCAAGUUUGUCAUUGUGACCCUUGGAGAGAAAGGUUGCAUAAUGCUUGAGAGAAGCAUAAAAGAGAAUUCCAAUGAAGAGGAAAUUGAUGUAGAGAGCUUAUUAGAUUCACUCAAACAGCAAGUUGAUCAAAGUUCUACCUCUCCAAAGUGCAUCUCAUCCAACUCUACCCUGAGAAUUAAAGCAAAUGGAAUUGGUGCAGUUUGUGGAAGGCUACUAAUUGGAACAGCAGACACGAUACCUCCUGCAGAUGUAAUUGACACUACUGGUGCUGGAGAUGCUUUCAUUGGAGCAGUUCUAUAUGGUUUGUUUAACACAUCAUUUCAUGUUUUUUAUGUGUCAUUACUGCUUCAUGCUUUCACUAGGGCCAUAAGUAAUAACACCCAAGUAUUUUCCUUUAUUAGAUUCUAUGCUUGAAAGAUUAGGCAUAGUAAAUCUGGGCCAGAUACAGAACUUCCUGGUGUCAUCUAUUAAAAAAAUGUUAAAUUUCACCUAAUCACCAAAUUUUUAGGGGGUUUCGCACAAAACCACCGUAAACUAUUUUAUUAGAGAAAAAACCCCAAGGUGCAAACUUUCAAAUCUAUAGAAAAAUACAUUUACUAUCAGAAAAGUAUCCAACAAGGAUGGUAGGCCUCCAACAAAGAAGUAAAUGACCAACAUUCAAUUGGUUCUGAUAACAUACGAUAUAUCUUUCUGUAAAUUCGAAAGUUUAUGAUAUUUUUCUAUGAUAAAAAUAAUUUAUUGUAUUUUCAUGAAAACCCCUAAUUCAUGGUAGCUUUGUGAAAUUUACCACCUAUAAAUAAAUCCAUAUGCUAUAUUUGCAACUUCUA